AUGAAUCUGGCUGGGCUACCCAGCGCUGGAGGCAGUGGCGGCCCUACGGGAACCAGUGGCGGAGGACCCCCAGCUGGGGUCACAGGCGCCCCAGUCGGAGGGGGACCCCCACAAGGUCCAGUCAGUGGUACGGCCUGCGAAAUGCUUGGCGAUCUGGCCCUUGGUAUCCACAACAUAGGAAACCCUCUGCCGACAUCAGGUUGUGUGCCUCUCACUAGUGGCUCUGGCGGCAGCGGAGGUCUUGGAGUUGGUUCUCUCGGGACAGUUGUCUCUCCCGGCUGCGGUGCCUCUCAAAGCGGACAGAGUCGAGCGGCCGCCUGGUGGGAAGUGCCUGGCUUCACGGCGCUCUCUGCCUUCUCGGGUGCCUCUACUGCCGGAGGUGUUGCUGGCGUUUCUUCUGUCCUUGCGCCCCGAUACGUUGGAGUGUCGGGCCUCCAUGAGCAGCCCUCGAUUUCUGCAGAGGUCGGCCUGAUUGUAUUUUGCCUCCCAUUAAUCUGGUUUUUAUUCCAUUUCGCCAUUUGCCUCAACUCUCCAUUCCUACUUUCUGAUCUAACAGGAGCUCAUUUGAUUAGGCAUUAA